CCCAUUAAUGAUAUCAUGUUAUGUUCAGAUACGUUCGUUCUUCCUAAACCUGUUGUAACUAUUCCUGGUCUGAGCACUAAACCCUCGGCUCCUCUCGUUCCAAGUUCCAAAGCUAAGAAGAAGAAAAAUAAAGGAGGAAGCGGUAACAAUGAAAUCAAGGAUUUGUCAGAUACGCUUAAAAAAACUGUUGUAUCAGAAACCAGGCCUAGAAAUGAUGCGGGGCAACCCUUGGCUACAGAUCCUCAGAAGAAACUGAGAAACUUGAAGAAAAAGUUGCGAGAUAUUGAAGCUCUUGAAGAGAAGCUCAACUCUGGAGAGAUCCCUACGCCAGAGAAGGAGCAGUUGGAAAAGGUUGCCAGGAAGGUUGAGGUAGAACGGGAAAUCAAGUUGCUCGAAGAGGAAAACUCAUAAAAAGGUGUUCGUUCUUUCUUCCUUGCCAAAAUAUCUCAACUAACAUGUUUUACACCUGUUGCAUCACAGUACAUUAUAUCUACAGUAUUGUACAUAAGAUGUUCUUUUUUACAGUCAGUAGUGUACACUCUGUUCAUUGUACAAUUGCUUGUACAGAUUACCAUUUAAAAGUGUUCGGUGCACACUUCAGAGUGUACUGUACAGCGUAUGCUGAACAGUGUACACUAUACAAUGUACAAUUUACAUUGUACAUACCAGAACAAACAAUAUAUUUACGAGCAUUGUCUACAGUUAUGAACUCCAUUCUUAAAACGAUUUUUCUUAAACAGGUGUUCACUAAUGAACACUGUACUCUGUAACUCUUAAGUCAUUUUUGUUUUUACCUAGCCUUGAUUUUAUCCUUUUCUUAUUUAUUAUCUAAAACUGUUUUUACAAUUAAUGUUUUAUGAUUUUACAACCCUUUGACUUGUUAAUUCCACUUAGCAUUAUCCUACUUUGUGUAUUAUUUUUUCUUCUGUUCUUAUUAAAAUGAUUUUAGGUAUUUUCCCAAAGGGCAAUUUCCCAUGGACAAUUUUCCAAGUGGAAAUUUCCCAAAUGUGCAAUUUCCCAAUCCCAAGUCUAUCCUAGCCGCAGCGAUCGGCCAACAUUGCAGCCUGUGACGCCUACAAGGCCUAACUUAAGCUUUUGGAAGUUGCCGCUUGGGAAAUUGUCAUUUGGGAAGUCACCCUUAGGAAAAUAAUCUUGGGAAGAAUACCUCACAACAUUUAAAUCGACGCAUUAUUAACAUUGUACUUGUACAGUACUGAUCUUUUUACUGUAUUCAAUUAGUGUACUUGAAGUACAUACAUGUUAUGUACUCACUCCUCUGUUCAUGUUUUUGUAACUUAUCUGUUAAAAUGAAAUAAAUAAAUCGUAAACAUUAAA